UAUAGGUGGGUGUGGAGCUUUUGGGUCUUUAGAACAAGUAGCGUUGGUGAGCCACUAGAUAGCUGAUCAUCCAUCGCGAGAGCAUAAUUAGUUUAUUUGGUGGUGUUUUAUCUGUUACUAGCUAGCUAGCAAGAUACUGUGAAUAAUGGGAAGGCAACCUUGCUGUGACAAACUGGGGGUUAAGAAAGGGCCAUGGACAGCCGAGGAGGAUAAGAAGCUCAUCAACUUCAUUCUCACAAAUGGCCAGUGUUGCUGGAGAGCCGUCCCGAAGCUCGCCGGGCUUCGCCGCUGUGGCAAGAGUUGCAGGCUCCGUUGGACCAACUAUCUCCGUCCCGACUUGAAGAGAGGCCUCCUUACAGAAUCUGAAGAACAGUUGGUCAUUGAUCUCCAUGGUCGUCUCGGGAAUAGGUGGUCCAAGAUUGCAGCAAGAUUGCCAGGGAGGACUGAUAAUGAAAUCAAGAAUCACUGGAACACCCACAUCAAGAAAAAACUGCUUAAGAUGGGAAUUGAUCCUGUCACGCAUGAACUCCUCCAUAAAGAUCAAGAUGACUUGGCCAACAAGAAAACUAUUAUUUCAUCCCAUACUGAUCAAGCUAACAGCAACUUACCACAAUCCACAACCGAAAAUUCUUCUUCAAACUCAUCACCAGCUGAGAAUUCAUCAUCAAGCUCAUCACAAAAUGAAAAUCCUUCUAUAGAACAUCAAUCAACAGUGAUUGAUAGCAUUGGCAACGUUGACGAGUCGUUGAUGAACAGUCUUUGGGUGGACGAAACUCCGCUGAUCGAUGCCUUGUGGAACAGUGAUGAAAUACCAGACGGAGGAAACUACAUUCAGAAUGGCAUGGUAAUGCAAUCCAAUUGGGAGGAGAAUUGCUCAUGGCUUUUGGACUGUCAAGACUUCGGCGUUCAUGAUUUCGGUAUGGAUUGUUUCAUCGAUACCGAAUUAAAUGCCCCCGAUACAUUAGGGAUUGGGAAAAUUUAAGGCAGCUGUUAUCUGCACUUCCAGAUUACACUAUGCAAUUUUUACGCACUCAUCAAUAGGAAGUGCAGAAGCUAACGUACAGAAGUACUACAAAGUAGUGAAGAAAUAUUAGUAGUGACCCAGUAAAGAGAAGAUACUGUAUUGAUGAAGUCUAUCUCAAAGCUUCAAAUGUAUGCAUGUUACAAAGUACGUACCAUAUCUGCUGCUUCACUCUUAUUAAGUUCAUUUCAAGA